AUGCGCAACCUUCGCAACCUCCGAUUCGGAAGAUGGCGGCAUCCGGACUUGACUGCCGCCUGCUGGGAUCCCGAGACUGACGAAGUCGUGUGCUCCAUUGGGCCGACGGUGCAGAAUCAGACCAUCGAGCUGGUGAGGCUGUCGGACAAGGAUUCAAUAACCCGUCGCACAAUCGCCCGCUGGGAUGCGCCCAGUCCCACCCCCGAUCUCCUCGUCGACCGAAUCGUCAACCUUCAGUACUUGAGCGGCAGCGCCACGACAUGCGUCGUUCUGGAAGGCGGCGAUAUCAUUACGGUUCGCGAAGAACCAGGAGGGCCCUUUGAUGUGCACAUUGAAAUCAUGGGAUCCAUCGAUGCCGGCAUUGCGGCGGCGCGAUGGUCUCCCGACGGCGAACUGCUGACGGUGGUCACAAAGGCCGAUACCGUCGUCUUCAUGGGCAGCACAUACGAUCCUGUCGCAGAGGUUACCAUGACGGAAGAGGAUCUCAAGGCCUCAAAGCAUGUUUCCGUAGGCUGGGGCAAGAAAGAGACGCAGUUCGAAGGCCGCGGCGCCAAGGCCCUCCGAGAUCCCACGAUCCCACUCAAGGUCGACCAGGGACUUCCGAGCUCAAACGAAGAUGCAUUUGCGUCCAUCAGCUGGCGAGGGGACGGUGCAUUUGUAGCUGUCAACUCGGUGCAAAACGGCUCUCGGCGCGCCAUCAGAGUCUACUCUCGUGAGGGAGAGCUGGAUAGUGUCAGCGAGCCCGUGGACGGAUUCGAAGGCGCUUUGAGCUGGAGGCCAUCUGGUAAUCUAAUUGCCGGUGUUCAGCGCUUGGCGGAUAGAGUCGAUGUUGUGUUUUUCGAGCGCAACGGUCUGCGCCACGGGCAGUUUACUCUGCGAUCGCCAAAUGGCUCCCCCUUGGAUGCUAGCGACACCAAGAUUCGACUCGAGUGGAACUCAGACUCGACUGUUUUGGCUGUCAUUCUCAGCGAUACGAUCCAGCUCUGGACGACGGGCAAUUACCAUUGGUAUUUGAAGCAAGAAAUUGCCAUGGACCCUGGGUUUGCCUGUCUGGCUUGGCACUCGGAGAAGGCCCUUCGAUUUGCUGCAGUGUCGACGGAGAGCAUGAUUCUCGCCGAGCAAAUCUUCCACACGUCGCGAGGAUCAUGCCGGCUACCGUAUGAUAAUGGAGUAGUUGCCGUCAUUGAUGGUGAAACUGUCAAGAUCACACCUUUCCGCACUGCCAAUGUGCCUCCCCCCAUGUCCUUGUUCGAGGUCAAGGCGGAGUCUUCUGUCGUUGACGUAGCAUUUGGACGCCAAAACUCUUCAUUUGCGAUUCUGCACCAGAAAGGUGUAGACCUCUAUGAGCUGCCCUUGAAAAAUGGGCGAUCAAUUAAGCCGGUGGAGGUGCUUAAGCUGCCCUUUGAUACCCCUAAUAUGCCAGAGCAUCAUAUACCUCUAAGAAUCUGCUGGGUGGCGGACAACAGCUUGCGUUGUAUGAGCUACCAGGAUGACUUGGGCCAUCUGCAGCUGGUGGUAUCGACUGGCGAAGGAAAUGCUGCUGAAAUCAGCAUGCUGGACAGUAAUUUGGUCCUCGGGGCCACCGCCACUCGCGAAGAUGAUUCUACUGUUGAGAGCUAUGGCCAAGACCAAUCCGGCAGGUUGUAUAGGCUCUCAAACUCGGGAGUUGAGAUUCUUCCUUUCCAGUUCACAACGCAGCUUCCGUGGUUCGAAGUCAGCAAGCACGAAGACAUUGAGAUGGCCUUUGGACUUUCGAGAGCGGGACACAUUUUUGCCAACUCUAGAUUGUUGGCCAAGAAUUGCACUUCUUUUGUUGUUACGCCGAAUCAUCUAAUUUACACUACUAGCAAUCACUUUGUCAAGUACGUGCACUUGACAGCAGAUAUAGAGGAUUUGGAAGUCCCUGGCGAUGACCCCGAAAAGGAUGAGCGUUGCCGCAGCGUAGAACGUGGCUCUCGUCUGGUCACAGCCAUGCCAACCAAUAUGAGCAUUGUGCUUCAGAUGCCGCGAGGCAACCUGGAAACCAUCUUCCCUAGAGCUAUGGUUGUUGCUGGUAUCAGAAGCUUAAUCGACGAGAAGAAUUAUGCGCGUGCAUUUUCAUACUGCCGAUCACAGCGAGUUGAUAUGAACAUUCUGUACGAUCACAAGCCCGAACAGUUCCUCUCAAGCGUUGGACUCUUCUUGGAUCAGCUCAGCGAGGUCUCUUAUAUCGACCUUUUCCUCUCAUCGCUUAGGGAAGAAGAUGUCACGCAGACCAUGUAUCAAGACACCAAGCGAUCCAAGUCUCACUUUCACAGCAUCAGCGCGGCCCCAGAAACGCUUCCAGUUACAAAGCCCCAAGGUUCCAAGGUCAAUGCAAUUUGCGACGCAGUUCUUAAAGACCUACAGCCCCUCAAAGCAACCCAUCUCCAAAACAUCAUCUCCGCUCAUGUCUGCAAAGUGCCUCCUGCUAUGGAUGACGGAUUGACUCUUGUCGCUGAGCUGAUGCAGGAAGACGAGAAACUGGCCGAAAAGGCGGUAGAGCAUAUCUGCUUCCUUGUGGAUGUCAACCGAGUGUAUGAGAAUGCAUUGGGUCUAUACAACCUUGAUCUUGCUUUACUUGUUGCGCAGCAAUCUCAGCGAGAUCCAAGAGAAUAUCUCCCCUUUAUCCAAAACCUGCAUGUUCUUUCUGAGCUUCGCCGCAAGUUUGAGAUUGACAAUCACCUCGCACGCCGGCAGAAAGCGUUAGGCCAUCUCCAGACUCUUGAUGCCUUUGAUGAAUUGUGCAAGUACACUAGCAAGCACGACCUCUACCAAGACUCCCUCAAACUGUAUAGAUACGACCCGCCCCGCUUGCAGACACUUACCGAAAUCUAUGCCAUUUUCCUGGAAUCGAAAUCUCAAUAUCGGGAAGCCGGUCUGGCAUACGAAUCGAUCAAAAACUACGCCAAAGCCACCAACUGCUAUCGCUCAGCCGGUGCCACAUGCUGGCAGGAAUGUCUCUUCACAGCCUAUCAGCAAGAUCCUCCUCUCUCUGCGGAUAGCAAAGCAGAGCUUGCUACCGCUCUCGCAGACGCCCUCUGGGAAGCCAAAGACUUUUCAUCCGCCGCGAAUAUCCACCUCGACUACCUCUCUUCGCUUGAGACCGCCGUCAAGUGCCUGUGCCGUGGUUAUCACUUUGCCGAGGCCAUUCGUCUCGUCAUUCAGCACUCACGUCCCGAGCUUCUCGAGAGCGCCAUUGACGUUGGGCUCGCCGAAGCACUCGGCCGGACGACUGAGUUCUUGGCCGAUUGCAAGGCCCAACUUCGCGCCCAGGUCCCUCGUGUCGCCGAGCUGCGCCUAAAGGCCGCUGAAGACCCCCUGGCCUUUUACGAGGGUGAGCGUGCUGGCGGGCUGGAUCUACCCGACGACGUCUCCGUAGCAGCAAGUUCGCGCGUCAGUACCUCUGCCAGUUUGUUCACCCGAUACACCGGCAAGGCGGGCAGUGUGGGCACCGCCGGCACGGGCGUCAGCCGCGCCACGAGCAAGAACCGUCGUAGGGAAGAGAAGAAGCGCGCCAGAGGGCGAAAGGGCACCGUAUACGAAGAGGAAUAUCUGGUCAACAGUGUGCGACGACUGAUUGAGCGCGUGGAGGCUGCGAAAUCGGAAGUCGAGAGGCUGGUCUUUGCGCUCGUCAGGAGAGGCAUGGCUGAGCGAGCGAGAGCGGCGGAGGCACUGAUGGCGGAAGUGACGGAGGCGUGUGAAGUUGCUGUGAGGGAGGUAUUUGCCGUUUCGGCGGCGCAGCAACUUCAGCUGCAGCAGGAACAGGAGCAGCAGCAGCAACAGGCUGAUGAGGCGACGUGGAAGGCUUCGGGCGGAGAGGGCGUGUUCCAGGAGUUUAUUCAAGAGCAGGGGAAGAAGCUGGAGCCGCCGGUUAUCACGGGGAUGAAGAAGCUGGCAUUAUUGGGGUGA